AUGAAAACCUCUCAGAUCCUCUUUCUUUCCACGCUAUACGCAAGUGCGCAUAGCUACAUGGCCCCAAAAGAUGUAGGCUCCAUGCCACGCAACCUCGGCACGCCAGAAUCUAUGAGCAGGUCGCACACGCCCGAUUCCAUGGACAGUGCCAGACCUUCUAUGGAAUGCGUUGAUUCAACUGCAAAGCCAAGCUGUGAUUGCACCUGUACCAACGGCAUCCGCUUCAAUCAGACACUAUCUACAGAUGCACCAGAAAGUCCGUCGUGCAGUACGUGCGAAGCAGAGAAGGAGCAGUAUCUCGUGCAGUUAGCCAUCAACGCCGGUCUCGCCACAGCGCGUGAGCAGCAACUGAAAACAGACUUUGAAAAUGCAGCCGCACGCGAAACGCAGCUGAAGACGGAUCUCGACGCCGCAGCCUUGCGUGAGCAGCAACUACAGAUAGACUUUGCCACUGCAUCCGCACACGAACAGUCCCUCGAGACUGACCUCGAGCACGCCCUCUCGCGCGAGCAACAACUAAAAUCCCAUCUCGAUAGCGCCUCCACGCGCGAACAACACUUAACCGCCUCCCUCGAAUCCAAAGAAGAGGCCCACCUCGCCACCCAACGUGACCUUGAAGCCCAACUCAAACCCUUCAAAUCCCCAACCUUUAGCAUCCAAAAAUGCUACUUCACAACCACCAAGCGCGCACUCACAGACUUUUACAUCAAAGACACGGAAAUGACGGCGUACAAGUGCAAGCAUAUCUGCCGUGGCUCGAGGUUCUUUGGGCUGUCGGAUGGUACUAGUUGUUACUGUGGUGAUGUGCUUAGCGAGGAGUUGGUGGAGGCGGGAGAUGCGGUGUGUAGGGUCAAGUGUGGGGGUGAUGGGUAUGCUUGUGGCGGGGUUGGGGUGACAAGGGUGUUUAGGUAUGAGUAUUAG